AUGGCUGGUCCAAAUAAAGUUUUACUAAAAAUUAUCAUUUUGGGUGACAGUGGUGUUGGAAAAACAAGUUUAAUGAAUCAAUUUGUUUUACAUAAAUUUUCCAAUGAUUAUAAAGCAACAAUAGGUGCAAAUUUUUUAACUAAAGAAGUGCAAAUUGAUAAUCGUCUUGUAACAAUGCAAAUUUGGGAUACAGCUGGACAAGAACGUUUUCAAAGUUUAGGCGUUUCUUAUUAUCGUGGAGCCGAUUGUUGUGUACUGGUUCAAACACGUCAAGCACAAAUUUAUUUUCUAGGUAUAUCAAAUGUAUCCUAUUUUGAAACAUCAGGUAAACAAGGCAACAAUAUUGAAAAAGCACUUGAAACAGCCGCACGUAAUGCAUUAGCACGUAACAAAAAUAUUGAUCCAACAUCGGACAAUGCAGAAUCUAUUAAACUUCCCGAAAAUAAUCGAUCAACACAAUCAAGUCGGUGCCCAUGUUGA